AUGGUGGGCUUGCCCAAUGAGGACCAGAGUUGCUGGUUGAACACGAUGAUCCAACUGCUUCUGUGUACGCCACGCCUCAGUGAGUCUGUGCAGCAGAGGUGCGCUGUAACGGGGCAGGAGGAAGCGCCCUUUGCCAGCGCCUGCAAUGAAGCCUUCCGUGAGAAGACGCAGGCGCUACAAAUUCCUGGUGGGGCAACGCACGAUGCCGUGGAGUUCCAUGCCAAGCGCAAGAUUCAGCUGCUGAUGCGUGAGAAGGGGGGAGAGGACUACGCUCCAUGGCAUCAGGCUGACGCAUGUGCUGCCUUUUUGUAUUUCCUCAGCAGGAUGGAGGAAGAGGGUGUUGACACAGGCUUUAAUUUUGUCACAAGGCACACCUUGAACUGCUGCCAUUGCAGCAGCCAGCAUCAGAAGGAGGAAGAGUCUUUGCACCUUUGUGUGAGCCUUGUUGACGAGACGAUGGUGAAGACCACGAGGCAGCGAAAAGUUCAGCCGCAGGCUUUUAAAUUGGAAGACCUGCUGCACGCGCAGUGCUUCAGGACAGAGCGCAUCAGUCCCUGGAGAUGCAGCAAAUGUCACAAUGACAGGACUGCUGUUGAGCGGUAUCCCACUGUGAAGAGCUGGCCACGCCUUUUGUCCAUAUGGAUCAAUCGGAUGGUCACAGAGGAUCGUCAAGUCCAUUGUCCGGUGGAGUUUCCAGAACGGCUUAAAAUCAAGGACGAAGCUCCAAUGUACAUGCUCUUCGGUGUUGCAGAGCAUAGUGGCCUGAACGGGCAUGGGCAUUAUCAUGCCUACGUCAAGAACAACAUGUGGUGGAAAAUGGAUGACCUGAGGAUGUGGGAGAGUCCGAACAAACCGGAGAACGGUGACUUACUGCUUUAUGCGCGAUGCUCUGAGGGGCCAGCUUCGUCAUUGCCUUGCAAAUCUGAUGGUCCUUUGCGGCAAAGUCACAUCGAGUCCUCUCCAAUUCCAGUUGUGCCUGAAGCUUCGUCAUUGCCUUGCAAAUCUGAUGGUCCUUUGCGGCAAAGUCACAUCGAGUCCUCUCCAAUUGCAGUUGUGCCUGAAGCUUCGUCCUUGCCUUUCAAAUCUGAUGGGCCUGUGCGGCAAAAUCACAUCGAGUCCUCUCCAAUUCCAGUUGUGCCUGAAGCUUCGUCGUUGCCUUGCAAAUCUGAUGGUCUUUUGCGGCAAAGUCACAUCGAGUCCUCUCCAAUUCCAGUUGUGCCUGAAGCUUCGUCAUUGCCUUGCAAAUCUGAUGGUCCUUUGCGGCACAGUCACAUCGAGUCCUCUCCAAUUCCAGUUGUGCCUGAAGCUUCGUCAUUGCCUUGCAAAUCUGAUGGUCCUUUGCGGCAAAGUCACAUCGAGUCCUCUCCAAUUCCAGUUGUGCCUGAAGCUUCGUCAUUGCCUUGCAAAUCUGAUGGUCCUUUGCGGCACAGUCACAUCGAGUCCUCUCCAAUGCCAGUUGUGCCUGAAGCUUCGUCAUUGCCUUGCAAAUCUGAUGGUCCUUUGCUGCAGAGUCACAUCGAGUCCUCUCCGAUUCCAGAGGCGGUGCAUCAAGUCAGUCAAGAGCUUUGUGCGACAGAGCCGACGAGCAGUGGCUGGCAUGCGUCGCUUGGUUCUAGCUGCGUGCCGGCGAUGCGAGCAGCGCUUCAGAAAGUGUUUCUUCCACUCUCGAUCACAGAUGAAGAUUCUCAGCGAGUGCUUGAGGCACGGCGCAGCAUGGACAAGCUUCAACAGGAAGUUGCCAGGCUGUGCUAUGCCGCAUUCCCCCACUUGCACUGCGCUGGCCCGAAGGCCUUACUUGCACGCAUUAAACAGAUUGAAGGUCUCUACUGCGCGACAGGCCACCUGCCAGCAAAGCGCAUGGCCUUAUUGGGUGGCGCUAGUCUGGAGCUGGCAGAAGGCUCCAGCGCAGAGAGGAUGGCAGAGGUGCAGGAGGAACGGACUUUGAAGGAGGGAGAACAUGGAUUCCGCGGCGGCGCUGAGAAAGGUAAGGUGGGCUUUCUGUUCAGCCCUCUUGGCAUGCGUGGAGGAGUAGGGAAGGCUCUCUAUCAGUCUGAUGCUGCUUUUCAGAAGGCAGUGGAAAACUGCCACGCUUGCUACAGUUGCGCGAUAUCUGAUGGUGUAAGCCUGGACCAGUUUCGGAGCCUUGUGUUUGGGCGAUUUUCGUCCGAGCCUUCGCCUGAUGAGCUUGUUUGGAUCUUUGUGCUCCAGUAUGCCUUUUUCCAAUCCAUUGUGGCCAUGGGGCUUUUUCCCGAUGUGGUUUUGGGCCACAGCAACGGAGAAUACGCUGCGGCUGUGGCAGCCGGAGUUAUGUCAUUGCAGGAUGCUAUGGGCAUCUUGCUGGUCAGGGCAAAUGCAUUGAAGAAGCUUGCACGCGAUGAAGCUGGCUGCAUGAUGACCAUCAAGGCAACGGCUUCAGAUGUUGCUGAAGAGCUCGCUGCUGCCAGCAUGCCUGAAGUUGUCAUUUCUGGGUUCAACAGUCAGUUUGACACGGUGAUCAGCGGCCCUGAACCCUGUGUGAGAAUCUUUUGCAGUCGCAUGCGGCAAUUCACCAUUCACUUCGACGCUGAAGGAGAACUAGGAAUCGAGCAGGUUGAAGUCCUCAGUGAUGUGACAGCAAGUCCUGGCCAGUUCAGCCGGAUUUUUCAGGUUGCGAAGAUUGAGGCUGGGAUAGUUCGCGAUUGGAAUGAGGCGCAUCCCGGCUAUGAGGUUCUCCCUUCUGACCUCAUUGUGAAGGUUGACGGCCGAAACUGCUGUGGCGAGGUGCGAGCUCCCGUGAGGAGCCUGACUUUCCUCAAGCACGGUGGAGUGAAGUGCAUGGAGCUCCGAGCCCCGGCCGCCAUGCACUCUCCACUGGUUGCCGGCGUCAAGGAAGCAGUCCAGCACCGCGCGGCGCAGAGCAACCUGCUGGCGCCGCAAAAUUGCCAGAUGGUGUCCAGCCUCACCGGCGCCGAGUGCGGCCAGGAGGUGGCCAGCGCAGAGCACUGGAGCGGGCACGACGACACGCGACCGAUGCGCUUUGAGGAGGCCAUGCUCACCAUGCAAGGGCUGGGAUGCACGCGGUUCCUGGAGCUGGGGCUGGGCCUCCUGGCCGUGGCACGGCGGUGCCUGCUAAAAAGCCCCAGCCUGACGUGGGAGUCGGCCAUGGAAUGGGGUGGGCAGUUGCCACACCUGCAGCAAGUGGUGCAACAGAUGAAGGGGGAGACGGACCUAGACUUCACGGAAGAUGUACAGGAUGCGAGGCUUGGAGGGAAGGAUGAACUGCUCAUGCUGGGCAGGCUUGAGCCCUCUCUGCCGGAGAUAAUUGCUGACGACCAGACUUUCUUCAUGCUUGGAUUAGACUCCAGACAUGUGGAGGAGCUGUAUUACAAGCUGAAGAAGGAAGGUUUCAUUUGCAAGUUGAUGCCUGGUCGCAGUGCAAAGUGUUGGAGGAAUACGCUGGAGUUGGAGAGCAUUGUGACAUGA